UUUUCCAACGGUUUGUAAAUAUAUGGACUUUAUAAUUUUCACAUAAAUGUUUCCUUUCCAAUUUUGUGAUAAAAAUUUAUUAAAUGUAUUGAUUAUAGAGAGUUUCGUGCAGUUAAUAAACUGAAAGUACAGUAAGCCAUGACUGAAAACACGGAAUCCAGUAUCAAUAGCAUCAAAUUAGCGCCGAUGCCCAUGUCGGCGUUGAUUGCAAAUUUGUGGCCUUUGCAGACACAGGACUUUACACCGGAUUCUAGUUUUUCAUCUUGCGACAGUGAUGAAUCUGACUGUGAAACGGUUGCUAAAAAAAGUCCCAAUGUUCCAAAAUAUACGACUCCAACGCCUAAAUUGCAACCAAGUAACAACUACACAUCUGACAAAAAGUUAAGAUCAACUAACAAAGAAAAUACUUUUGAAAAUUGGCUAAAGUCAAAUAAAACAUACCCAAAUAAAGAGAAUAGAAUUAUCCAAAGUGUCAAUAAGAAUGCUAAACUGUAUCAAGGAUCAUCAAAAGAAACCUGCAAACGUUCUGCAUUAACUCCACAACAGACAAAUAUUCAAGCGCAAGAAAAAAUAGGUACAGCCAUCAAAAAAACUCCUGAAAUAAUAAAACAACAACAACAGCAGCAGAAACUUAAAAGUGCAACACCGAAAAUUAAGUCUGGUAUUCGCCACUUUACCCCGGGCUCUUCACGUAAGAGUCAGAGCAAAACGCUCAUGCAAAAUGCAAUUCAAAACAAAAAAGAUAAAGUUAGGUGUGAAUUAUUCUCUAGUGAUAAAAACAAAGAUGAAGUACAGACAAAGCCGAGCCAGAGGGCAGCACAUCUGUUUGUUACACCUGCACCGGCACCGGCAGCUCCACAAACUCCAGCUGCAGUUCCAGCACCAAGUUCAGUUGUGAUUUCAACCCCAGUAAUAACUUCAGUCCCAGCAUCAGCUGCAAUGUCAGUCUCAGUGACAUCUGUACCAUCAGUCCCAGUAUCAGCUGCAGUUUCUGUAUCAAUCCCGGUUUCAAGUUCACUGCCAAUUCCCAUCUCUGCACCAGUUUCAACACCAAUUUCGGCUUCAGUUUCUAAAUUGGUGUCAGUUCCUAUUCCAGCCCCAGUCCCGGAGACACCAUUGAACAGAAGGCUGAUGCCUGUUGCAUGUGUACCCACACCGUCAUACCCUGAGGGUCUGAAGGGGUAUAAUACUAAAGUAACAUUUAACACAAUACAAGUGAAAGAUAAAAAAUAUUUAUUGCUGAAGAAGUUGGGUGUAGGUGGCUCCAGUGAAGUUUAUAAAGUGGUAGAGUUAGGUACAACAGGUGAAUAUGCAAUGAAGACAGUAUAUCUGGGUUCAGACCAGGAUCUGGCUCAGGGUUACGUCAAUGAGGUGCGCCUUCUGCGGGAACUGCAGGACUCUAUAAGAGUCAUACGAUUGUAUGAUUAUGAAUAUGACCGCAGCAACCAAGUGCUGCGUAUGAUACUAGAGGCAGGCGAGACAGACCUAGCGGCACUGCUACGUGAUCGCGGCGCCGCCCUGCCGCCCGCACUACUGCUGCACUACUGGGAGGAGAUGUUGCAUGCUGUGCUCUUCAUACAUGAACAGGGAGUGAUCCACGCCGACCUGAAGCCUGCGAACUUUGUGCUGGUGUCGGGACGGCUGAAGCUGAUCGACUUCGGCAUCGCUUCGGCCAUCAGCAGCGACGCAACCAGCGUGGUGCGCUCGCAGGCCGCCGGCACCUACUCCUACAUCAGCCCCGAGGCGCUCAUGGGCGGCGCCGGCGGCUACGGCUGCGCUGAUGACGCCUCUGCCGCGCCCAUCAAGAUCUCGUUCAAGUCUGAUGUGUGGUCGCUGGGCUGCAUUCUGUACAGUAUGGUGUACGGUCGCACGCCUUUCUCGCACAUCCCCAACUUGGCCAAGCUCGCCGCCAUCCUCGACCCCAACCAUCGCAUUGACUACCCGCCCGCGGAUCACCUACCGCCGACGCUGAUAACGUCGCUGAAGUGGUGCCUGACAUACAAUGCACGGGAGCGGCCCUCGGUGCAGCAGCUGCUGUCGUUCCGUCACAUGGCGGGAGCGCGCCGCCCCCUGCCCGCGCCCCUCAUACACAAACUACGCCCCCACAUCACACAAGAAGAGCUCAAGCUGCUGCAGCGCGCGCAGCUCUAGCGCAAUGACGUCAUAGCGGCACAACGUUAAACUAUGGCCAUUUCAAAGUUUGAGAACAACGUCACUAGGUCGCACUCUGACGGCACGAGGCAAAUCAUGCAGGUGAAUUUUGAUUACCAGAGUGUUGAUUCAAAGUCGCGUCUUGAAAAACAAGCUGUAAUAACAAUUGCCUAAACCUUGUGUUUGAAUGGUGAUCAGUGAUCACUUACCUAGAAGGACUAUGAGUCGCUUUAAAUGACGUCUGAACGUUGGAGACGACUCUGAGUGUCAUUAAUUUUGCGUAUCUACUAUCAUUACAUGAGUUAUUAGUUAAAGUAUAAAAAUCUUAUCAACUUUUAUUUAUUUGAAAACUAACUUAAUAUGUAAAGAAUAGUAUAAGCAUUGUACCGCUUCGCUAAUCUUAGUUGUAAAUAUUUUAAUUAUAAUGCAUAUUGUAAAAAAUAUAUAUGAAAUUAUAGUCAUUGUAUA